AGUGAUAAGAGUUGAGACGAAGAAUUAUUUUGAAAAAAUUCAGAUUAAGUAAUUCCGCGGAAAGUGGGUACACCACCACAUAUAAAGAUCAUAUCUUGCCAUGGAAAAGAUUCAUGGCUUGCUUGAUAGCCAGCAGACAUUCACCGAUCAGCUUGUGAUUCGUAAAGACGCGGAUUUAUAACACGAUUUUGAUUAUUUUUCAAGUGAGUCCUGUUUUGUAAAAUGGCUUUUCUGAAAAGCAUCUGGAAAAACAACGGCAAACACCAAAAAUUAUCAGAAGAACUGGCCUUACAAAACGCCAAAGAAUCUGAAAAUGACCAAACAGAGAUUGAAAACGAAAACGAUGUCAUUACAUUUAAAUUAAAAUACUUAGGCAGUACCGUAGUUGAAAAAUUAGUGGGCGAUAACAUUAGCACCGAAGCCGUCAAAAACAUAAUCAAAGUCACUAAAGCUAGCCGAAAAAAGCUUCAAAGAGUCAAUAUUGCGAUUUCCCUCAAAGGGAUUGCCGUCACAGACUUAGAAGGCAACGAUAUUUUAAAAAUAUCAAUAUACAGAAUUUCAAACUGCUCGACCGACCCCACCCAUCGUCAAGUAUUUUCAUUUGUUUCAACCGACGCCCAUGAAACAAUGGAAUGUCAUGCUUUCAUUUGUUCAAAACGAAAAAUGGCCGAAACUGUCACUUUGGCCGUAGCUCAUGCUUUCAGUACAGCGUAUGAAGCUUGGAGGAUUCUACCGGCUACAAAAGAGUUUGAAAAAAAUGUUACAACGAAAGAAAAUCAACAAAAUCGCAUCAACAACACGAAGAAUAUAGUAGAAGAAAAAUUGAUAGAUUUCGGUGAUGAGGACCAAUCAGAGUUUGCCACGCCGCCAUGUCAGGGGACAAUGAACAGUCAUUGGGUCUGUUUCGAUGAUGACUUCAGCGAAGGUCGAAACGGCUUUAAAACUGACUUCAUUAUGGCUUAGUUGUAAUUAUCUUAAUGUUUUUUAUAUUUUUAUCAGAACUUGUGUAGAAAUUUAAAUUAUUACCGCCAUAACACUACUGUAUCAUUAUCUCUCUUUUUUAAUUCUUUAAUAAACGUUCAAAUGUUA